AUGGCGGCCACUUCCGUGUUGGCAUCGACACCGGCUUUAGAGAAGCAAUGUGAAAAGGUCGGCCUCUCUGAUGAAUGGACCAAGGCGAUGAUCGCUGCGCACGUUGACACCUUGUCUAAGGUCUCCUAUGCAGUCAGCUUACCGGGCACGCCCGCAACCGACACCAACAUCGAGGACUUCGCGGGCAAACUUCGACCAGGUGUUGCUCUUUCUUUGGGCGACAAUGCAGCACUUAAGCGCUUGGUCUUUGAAGCUCAGACACUUUGCAUCGCCGAGCUGCGGAGUUCGGUGCAGGUUGGUGAAGAUGCUCCGCGCAAGCUGCCGGCUGCAGAACGUGCUCUGCGGAUAGAGCAGCAAGCAGCUCGCCUGAAGGGACUGCCUCUGGCCAAAGGUGCAUGGCAAUGUGCGCACAGCCUCUACGAUCGUUUUGCUCACAUGAGAGAGACCGAAGAGCUUCGCUUUGUCCCACCUGAUGAAUGCAUCACCCGGGAUCAGGAGCUUGCCGGCAGUAAGGCACCGAAGUCUGUGCAGCUGGAUGCAAGCAAGUCGGGCCUCAUCGUGAAGGAUGAGGAAAUCACCAAUACAAUGAACAUCACCUCAGAUCACGAACUUUACCUGAGUUUCAUGAGGCGCGCUUUGGCCAUGGAUCUGGUGGGCCUCGCCGCGCCAGCUUUGAUGUGA